AUGACGGAGAGCCAAACUCUGUCAAUCCACAGCGACACCAUGAAGAAGAAGAAGAAGGAGAAGGAACUCGUCAGAUCCUGGAGGCAGAAGAACACACCUUUACAUCUGGAUUUCCUCACAGGAGCGAAGUGUUUGAAAUCUAAUACAUAA